CAGUACUGUGCGGAGACAUUACACCAGCUACAGCCUUCUGGGUAAUUCCGCCUGUCCCAUAAUUCCAAGUGCCGGUGUGUGUUGAGUGAAGAUGGCUGCGGAGAAACGCGGCGAGGCUCGGGGUGCAGGAAUGGAGGAGAACAAGGAAAACAACCAACCCAACGAGGGCCUGGGACUCGAGAUAUUGCAGAUCAUCAAGGAAUCCCAGCAGCAGCAUGGUCUGAGGCACGGGGACUAUCAGAGAUACAGGGGGUACUGCUCCCGACGCCUCCGACGUCUCCGCAAGACCCUCGGCUUCAAGAUGGGGAACCGGCACAAGUUCACCGGCAAGAAAGUGACUCCGGAGAUGCUGUCUGACAGCAGGUACCUGCUGCUGGUGCUGAUGGGCGCGGAGCGGGCCUGGAGCUACUCCAUGCAGCUGAAGCAGGAGGCGAACACCGAGUCACGCAAACGCUUCCACCUGCUGUCCCGACUGCGCAAGGCAGCCAAGCACGGGGAGGAGCUGGAGAGGCUGUGUGAGAGUAACCGCGUGGACGCCAAGACCAAGCUGGAGGCACAGGCCUACCAUUCGUACCUGACAGGAAUGCUGCACUUUGAGUUGCAGGAGUGGAAAGCUGCAAUGGAAGCCUUCAAUAAAUGCAAGACGAUCUACGAGAAGCUGGCCAGUGCCUUCACUGAGGAGCUGGCUGUCCUGUACCAUCAGCGUGUGGAGGAGAUCUCCCCCAACAUUCGCUACUGUGCCUACAACAUCGGGGACCAGAAUGCCAUGAACGAGCUGAUUCAGAUGAGGCUGAGUGCUGGAGGAGGAGGGCAGAUGAUGGCAGAGAAACUGGAGGCUCUCAUCACUCAGACCCGUGCCAAGCAGGCAGCCACCAUGAGCGAGGUGGAGUGGAGGGGACGCACCAUCCCUGUGAAAAUCGAUAAAGUGAGGAUCUUUCUGCUCGGACUGGCUGACAACGAGGCUGCCAUCGCACAGGCUGCCAGCGAGGAGACGAAGGAGCGCCUGUACGAGUCCCUGCUCAGCGAGAGCCGCGAUGCCAUCCAGGCCGUGCGCGAGGAGCUCAAGGCAGACGCGAAACAGCGUGAUCGAGCUCUGGACGGAGAGACCUGCAAAGUCUCCAACCUGCAGUACCUGCACAGCUACCUGACCUACAUCAAGCUGUGGACGGUGGUGAAGCGCAAUGAGAGCAUGGCCCGGGUGCUGCAGGCCAAGCUGAAGGAGCCGCAGCCGGACGAGAGCAAGAGGGGCCCCCGGCCGCAGGACCUCAUCCGGCUCUACGACAUCAUCCUGCAGAGCCUGGCAGAGCUGCCCCAGCUCCUGGGCAUGGAGGAUGAUCACAGCUUCCAGAAGGAGGUGGCCCUCAAGACUCUGGUCUACAAGGCAUACAGGUGUUUCUUCAUCGCUCAGUCCUAUGUGCUAGUGAAGAAGUGGAGUGAGGCCCUGGUGCUGUACCAGAGGGUCCUCAAGUACGCCAAGGAGGUCCAGGUGCAGGCCAAGUCCUGCAACAGCAGCCUGAAGGACCUUCCUGAUGUUCAGGAGCUGAUCACUGAGGUCAAUGCUGAGAUGUACUCCUUGCAGGCAGCAGCUAUUCUGGAUACGGAGGAUUCGGCCGAGACUCCCUCGCAGUCUCAGGAGGUCAAAGACAACAAGCCUCUCUGUGACCGAUUGGAUGCCUUCCACCUUGACCCCUCCCUUGUGGGGAAGCAGCCCAAUCUGGUGACGUUCCCUCCGGAGUUCCAGCCAAUCCCGUGCAAGCCUCUGUUCUUUGACCUGGCGUUGAACCACGUGGCCUUCCCGCCUCUCGACGACAAGGUGGAACAGAAGGGCAAGGGCGGGCUGACCGGCUACAUCAAGGGCAUCUUCGGCUUCGGCAGCUAAUCUGUGCCCAGGCUUCGCUGGGGGACCUGUGCCAGGGACAUGGGUUCGUGGAGGUCCAGGUCCAGUCCAAACCCUGUCAGCAUUUUCUUUUUCUUUUUUUUCAUUUGUAACUAACCUAGGCCUGAGGUGCUGCAUAAGCAUCUAGAACCCCCCAAAACCUGAGGUCUCAUUCUAGAACAUCCAGAUCUUGGGUUGAGGGUGCUAGAUUGAAGAACCCUGAGAUUUGAGAUUCUUGAGGCAAUUGUGUUCUAGAGCUAAUCCAGAACCGGGAAAGGAUCUAGGCUAGUGUACUAGAGUGUCUUAAAUAUAAUUUGAAUUCUUAAGCGCCUUCAGGAUCCAUUGUUCUAUGUUGAAUUGCCUGGCUGGGCAGCAGUCUCUCCUCCCCCAUCUUAAUGUUCAGUACCUGUCAUUGGGGUUCUAAAACAUGCUUUGCUACACAUUGUAACCUCCGCCUGCUUAUUUGCUGCCUGCUGGUUCAGUACAGUGCAUUCCAAUGCAAGACUGUGUCUCUCUGUGCUUUCCCCAUUCACUAGGAUCACACACUACAGACGAGAGCAAGACUGCUUCACUGGUUUAACAAGUAACCCUAACCCACUGCUCCUGGCUUGGUUGUGUGAAGGUGCUAAGCACGAUAUCACUCAAUAAUUAGAAUGUUUUUAUCAUGACCCUCCUUGGGUGACUGCUGCCUGCAUUCAUGAAUGGUUUCACAGGACUGCUAUGUAAUAAUUUGAUCUUUCCUGAUGAAAACUCCUCCCAGGUUAAGGUAAUCCAUUGGCUUUCAUGGCACGCCCUGCUCUUUCCAGCAGUGUAGUCCUCUUGUUUCCUUACAGUUGUCCGAACCACUGCUAUGUGUUAUAACAGCUUUUAUACAUCCACAGAUGCUUUUAACCCUCCCCCAGAUAGGGGCUGCCUGCAUUUAAUAGAUAAUGCUGUUUAUCUUCUAGCGUGUUCUAAAAACAAAAAACGCUUUUGCACAACUCCAGUGUUUCUCCCUCUUUCUGUGUUCAGAUUAGCAGAGACUGUCCCAGUCUAAAGCAGCAUUGUGAAGGAGCUAAUAGAGGGGCAGCCCUUCUGAGUGUUCUGUGGCAUCCCUAUCCGAGUGAGGGAUGAGACCAGGAUUCCUUUACACUUCCACUGUUAUCCCAGCAGAGUCGGGGGGGCAUGCGCCUGUGAUUGCAGAGUUGAUGGGAGGGGGGCUCUGUAGUUGCAGAGUCGAUGGGGGGGCUCUGUAGUUGCAGAGUCGAUGGGGGGGGGCUGUGUGGUUACAGAGUCGAUGGGGGGGGGCUGUGUGGUUGCAGAGUCUGGUUCUUUAACUGUUUCACAUGGCUCUCCAGAACACUGUAACUUCUACUACAGAAGAGCUGACGACUUGAACUUCUGGAGAUGUUAAAUUAGUUCUUGUUGGUCACCCCCAUCCCCAAUUCUCUGCUGACCCCUGUGACACCAAAACCAUGGUACUGUACAGGAGAGGGUAGCAUUGCUUCCAUUUGAGUUGAGUCUUAUAUAAUAUAAUGCAUAUAUACAAUUUUCUUUUGACAGAUCUCAAUUUCUUCAUUUUUUUUUUUUUUUUUAAAUCUAGUUUUCAUGUUUCGUACCUGUCAGCGUACGGUAUCGUUUUCUGUUUAAAAUGAAGUUUUGCGAACAUGGGAUGAUAGUCGGAAACCAACGAAAACUGUGAUUUAAUUUUAGGAUCCUGAUUUAAAUAAAAUAUAUAAUAAAAAGACACAUUUAAACAA